UCCUUGCUGUCAAUAAGCGCUUCCGUGUUUACACUCUCGCCAAAAAAAAGAAAAAAAAACACAGAGUGGCGGCUCUGGAGCGAAUGUUUACCGAGCAAGCAUCGAGUGGUGGCGAGUCACACUGGAGCCUCGCUGCAUGGUAACAACACAGGUGACCGGCUACCGCGGUUAGAUUAUAUAGCGUAAUGUUCACUCGAAAGGGUCAUGGAGACGUCAAGAAAUCUACACAGAAAGUUUUGGACACAAAGAAGGAUGUUCUGACCCGGCUGAAGCACCUGCGCUCGCUGUUAGAUAUCAUUGACAAGACUGAGCUGAAGCCCUUCUUCGAGAACAACUGUUCACAGAUUUAUUUUAUAUUUUAUGAAAAUUUCAUUACACUGGAAAGUAACUUAAAGCAAAAAGGGAUCAAAUCUCAAAGGGAGGAGCUGGACUCCAUCCUCUUUAUUUUUGAAAAAAUUCUGCAACUUCUGCCGGAGAAAAUCUACAACCGGUGGCAGUUUCACAGUAUAGGUUCAAUUCUGAAAAAGCUUCUACACACUGGAAAUUCAUUCAAGAUCCGAUGUGAAGGGAUUCGUCUCUUCUUGCUGUGGCUGCAGGCCCUGAGAGACAACUGUGCUGAGGAGCAGUUUCUUAUAUUUGCCUGUCUGGUACCAGGUUUUCCAGCAGUGCCCUCAUCCAGAGGGCCUUGCACCCUUGACACCAUCAUAUACAACCCCUUCUCUAACCCUCCUGAUGCCAAGGUGGUGCCAGAAGAGAUCACCCCCCUUGUUCCUGCUGGGGUCGGCGAAAGGGUUGCAGAUGACCAGACUUGUUACAUUCUUGAAACCCUGCUCAAGUUUAUGGUGAUCCAGGCAUCCAGUUUAGAGUGGAGGAACAGAGAGAACCAAGAAACGGGCUUCCGAUUUCUCUUCAGCCUGUUCAAGAAGUACUACCUUCCACAUCUCUUCCCCUCCUUCACUAAACUCACUAAUCUCUACAAGCCUUUAUUAGACCUUCCACACCAUAGACCAAAACCCCUGUAUGUACCAGUGACAAGGAACAAUGAGAGCACCUUCUGCACCAGGGACCAGUACCUGGCACCUCGUGUGGCCUUCAUCACUUGGCUAGUCACCUUCUUUUUGAAGAAGUAUGUCAGUAGUGCUGUGCCAGCUCAAAGCACCAAGAACGGCACCGAAGUCCUUCCCAAACUCAUCCAGACUGUCACUGCAGGCAGUAGCAGCCAGGAGAAGGAAAAGGAGAAGAUUUUAGACAGCGAUACGAAUGGACCCACGGGGGAGACUGAGAAGAGCCAUUCCAACAGCAGCACGCUGUCAGACCGACGGGCCAGUGAUUCCAGUUUAUGUAGCAUCGAGGAGGAGCACCGCUAUGUCUAUGACAUGGUGCAUGCCAUCCUACUAUCAACCAGGGACAAUGUGAAUUUUGUAAACGAGGUCUUCCACCAGGCUUUCUUGUUACCGUCGUGUGAGGCAUCGGCAACCAGGAAGGUGAUCAAAGUGUACCGAACGUGGAUACUGCAGGAAAAGCCCAGCUUUAUGACAGAGCCUGAGAAAAUUAUGGAGGAGGAUGAAGUGGAUGAUGGCACUGAACAGAUAAUUAGUGCAGAAAAUAACAACAUGGAAGCACAGACACUGGAGAGUCAUGGCCACAAGCGGUCGUCGAGCUGGGGGAGGACAUACUCUUUCAGCAGUGCCAUCAGUCGAGGCUUCUUCACUGAGGAGCAAAACAGGGACAUCAAGGCAGGCUUCCAGCCCACACUACAGGUAUUCCUGACCAACUCUUCCAAUGUGUUCCUGCUGGAGCCGUGCCAGGAUGUACCUAAGCUUCUGGAAAAUCAAGUUGAGGUGUGCAAGUGUGUGCUGAGCAUCUACCGACACAUGAUCAUGGAGCACACAAUGGACUCACAGACAUGGGAGCAGCUGUUGCAGGUGCUACUGAGAAUCACUGAAGCUGUGAUGAAGAGACCUUUAGAAAACCAAAGGAAAGACAGCUUUGCUGAAAGUUUGGCAUCUAUACUUUUUCGGACUAUCAUUGUGGCGUGGGUGCGAGCCAACCUCUGCGUAUACAUCUCACGGGAGCUGUGGGAUGAGCUGCUAACUGUGUUGUCAUCUCUGACGUACUGGGAGGAGUUGGUGACAGAGUGGGCCAGCAUCAUGGAUUCUCUUACAGCUGUGCUGGCCCGCUCCGUUUAUGGCCUGGACAUGGCCAACCUGCCGCUGGACAAACUCAGUGAACAGAAGGAGAAGAAGCAGCGAGCACGUGGAGUGUUCCCGGCUUCCCAGAAGGCAGCAGCAGUGGCACGGUCCUUCUCACUAAGUUGGAGAAACCAAGGGGAAGUGGGCGGGUCAGGAGUUCAGGAACCAAUGAGAAUUCGCUCUGCCACCACAUCUGGUGACCCGGGUGUGGAGAAGGCCCGCAACAUUGUCCGACAAAAGGCUUCUGAUGUAGAGGAGUGUCAGCUUUCGGAAUGUGGGGAGGAGCUAGGAGGAGGAGAGAGCCCACUCCUACGCAGCAGCAGCACCUCAGACAUAACCGAGCAACUCUCUGAUACAUUACAAGGAGAUGAAGAGGCUGGUCAAGGAGAAUGCAACAUUGUGCAGCAAGAUAACGCCCAUUGGGACAACAGCAGUGUUGUGGAGAAGAUUAAAAAGGAGACAGCAGCAUUGCGCCAACAGUUUAAUGCCAGACAACAAGAUAUCACCAAUCUGGGGAGUAUCACUGUUUUGGAAAACAUUGAAGAGGAGACAAAUCAGUUUACACGACAGAAUGACAUCAUCAGUGCAGGUACCAGAGGACAUGUUAAUGCCAGACAACAAGAUAUCACCAAUCUGGGGAGUAUCACUGUUUUGGAAAACAUUGAAGAGGAGACAAAUCAGUUUACACGACAGAAUGACAUCAUCGGUGCAGGGUUGGGUAUCAAUCCUCGAUCCUAUGCAAGAGCAGUUGACAGCGGAGGAGUACCAGAGGACAUGGCUGCUGCUUCAACGGAGCAACAAGUGGUCAACUUUCUGCAAUCAAAGGGAAUUGAUGUCGAUAUUAACACCAUUGAUGUGUGCAUUUUACUGAAUAGAAGAACCAACAACACCACGGCAGUCAUCAACUUGAAGCUUGCCAACAGGAAAUCCAAAAUGGCAUCGAAGAAACAGGGAAAGCAGCUGACGGCCCAAAAGAGAGAGAACUCGCCUACUUCCUGUGGUUCUGAUAGCAGAACUUCUGAGGAGAGAAGAGAGAAUAUUGAGCCCCCAAUGAUCCUGAUCCGGCGAAGCAGCAGUCCAGCCGAGACGGAAAACCUUUCUGAGAGUUACCAGUACACAAGGGCCAAGCUCCGAGAGAAAAGUGAAAGUAUAAGUAGCGAAACGUCCAAUGGCUACCUGAAUGAAGCAGAGGUUACAUGGCAGGCCUUUGAGGGGGAGGCUGACAGUCAGUCCACCCAGUCAACCCAUAUGGACGUGAUCGCUGACCCGCAAAGCCAGGGGAGUCUGCUGCUUAGUCACCAUGAAGCUCUAGCAGACAGCAGCGAGUGCCUGGCUGAUGAUGUCAGCAUAAUUGCUGGUGGGACCCUGACAGGAUGGCACGCUGACUCAGCCUUCGUCCUCUGGAGGAGGAUUUUAGGUAUACUUGGAGAUGUGAACAACAUCCGAUGUCCCAAAAUCCAUGCCAAGGUCUUUUCCUAUCUUUAUGAACUCUGGCAAAAACUCGCCAAGAUCCGAGACAACCUUGGAAUUAGCGUGGACAACCAAUCAUCUCCUCCCCAACCUGCCUUCAUUCCUCCCCUCCGUAUGCUCGCAUCAUGGCUCUUCAGGGCCACCAUGCUUCCAUCAGAAUACAAGGCAGGAAAACUGCACGCCUACAAGUUGAUAUGUGAGAUGAUGACCAGGCACCAGGAUGUCCUCCCCAACAGUGACUUCCUGGUGCACCUUUAUCACAUCGUGCACCAGGGUUUGACAAGCAAUGAUCAGGAUGCUGUAAACACCAUUAUCCGUUACUGCACUCCACGAUUCUUCUUCCUUGGCCUGCCGGGUUUCACAAUGCUGAUUGGAGAUUUCGUCACUGCUGCUGCCCGCGUCCUCAGUUGUGACUCUUCAGAGGCUCCCAGGAUGGAGGCUCAGACAAUUCUUGGCUCUUUAGUAUGUUUUCCCAAUCUUUACGUCCAUAUUCCAGUCCUGCGAAGUGUAGCUGGUUCUGAUGACAUUGUUGUAGGAAAUGAGGACAUCAAGGAUUAUCUUGUCAACAUCCUCCUUGAGGCCGCAACAAAGGAACACUGUGAAGGGGCUCGGUGUAUUGCUGUGUGCAGCCUGGGCCUGUGGGUGUGCGAGGAGCUGAUGCAAGAAAAAAUCCAUGACCAGGUGAAAGAUGCCAUCAAUGUCCUGGGAGUAACACUAAAGUUUGGAAACAAAGCAGUGGCUCAGGUAGCCUGUGACGUGUUUCGGUUGCUUAUCUCUCACUGGGAGCCUCUCCGAAAUUUGGAUCCCACUGUUCCAAAGAAAAUUAUUGAGAUAUUUGUGGCCACAAUAGCCUUUUUGUUGCCAAGCGCAGAGCACUCAACAGUGGAAGCGGACAAAAAGUUGAUGGUGUCCCUGCUGUUAUGUCUAUUGGACUGGUGCAUGGCUCUUCCCUUGAGUCUGCUGUUUGAACCUAUUACCAUGUCUUUGCUGGAGGACAACACAUCCCACAAAGCCCCGCUUCUGGACUACAUAUACAGGGUGCUGCACUGCUGUGUGUCAGGCUCCACGCUCCACACUCAGCAAAGCCACUACCUCCUCAGCCUGGCAGACUUGUCCACGGACUACGAUCUCAUGUUGGGACAAGUUAAGAGCUUUGAGCCGCCGCCCUCCCAGCCGACCACCACAGACUUUGGCAGCUUGCUCACCGUAGCAGAGGAAAAGCGUCGACGGAGCAUGGAGCUGAUUCCCCUGACAGCAAGGAUGGUUAUGACACACCUGGUAAAUCAUUUGGGCCAUCAUCCUCUGAGUGGAGGCCCUGCCCUCCUUCACAGUCUAGUGAGUGAAAAUCACGACAAUCCAUACGUGGAGUCAUCCGAGCUGUCCUCAGAGGUCUUCAAAAGCCCCAAUUUGCAGCUAUUUGUUUUCAAUGACACCACACUGGUGUCCUACCUGCAGAUUCCGGCUGAGUCCCCCUCUGCCGGACACCCAACCCCUCACCGGUCCUCCCAGGUGCGCGUCAUUGUGCGUGACAUUUCAGGCAAAUACGCGUGGGAUGGGUCGAUUCUGUUUGCAACCACUCAGGAAGACUCUGAUCAUACUGGAGUUUUUAAUUCAGUGGAUCACACACUUUUGACCUCCACUACUCCCCCACACAGCAAAACAUUGCCCAGUUCUCCAACAAGAGGGCGGUCCAAAUAUCAUUCCUCAGUCUCAGAUUCCCUCUCCGACUCAAGCGAUGUAGAAGAGGUGGAUGUCCUUGAUAAACUUUUAGAGGAACUUGGCCAGACCAGCCCAGAAUGCCUGUCCCAGUCUCAUUUCAAGCUAAACCAGCCAGCCCCGUCACCCUUGGGCAUGAACCUAGAGCUAGAGGACGCCAUCCUUGGUGCCAUUCUCCGCCAGACUCAACAGGAGGAAGAGCAGGUGCGAAGGUGGGACUCUGAUGUCAGCUUUCAGGCUGCCGGCAUGAGGGAACCGUCCCACCAGGAACCCAAAGCACCUUUUUAUUUUUGUCGAUUGCUGCUCAAUGAUCUUGGCAUGAACUCCUGGGACCGAAGGAAAAGUUUCCAUUUGCUGAAGAAGAACUCCAAAUUGUUAAGGGAACUAAAGAACUUGGAUUCCAGACAGUGUCGAGAAACGCACAAGAUCGCUGUGUUCUACAUUGGUGAGGGCCAAGAAGACAAGUGCUCCAUCCUGUCUAACAAUGCCGGCAGCAAGGACUAUGAAGACUUUGUAUCCGGGCUCGGAUGGGAGGUGGACCUAGCCACACACUGUGGCUUCAUGGGCGGCCUCCAGCGGAAUGGCAGCACAGGCCUAACUGCUCCGUACCAUGCUACCUCCACUGUGGAAGCCAUCUUCCACGUCUCUACGCGAAUGCCAUCUGAUUCUGAUGACUGCCUCACCAAAAAGCUGCGUCACCUUGGAAAUGACGAGGUGCACAUCGUGUGGUCAGAGCACACCAGAGACUACCGCCGUGGCAUCAUUCCAACUGACUUUGGAGACGUGCUGAUUGUCAUCUACCCAAUGAAGAACCACAUGUUUUUUAUCCAGAUUAUGAAGAAACCACAGGUUCCCUUCUUUGGGCCUCUAUUUAAUGGUGCCAUCAUCAAUGGGAAGCUACUGCCAAGCUUAGUGCGGGCCACUUGCAUCAAUGCCAGCAGAGCUGUCAAGUCCCGAUUGACUCUCUACCAGAGUUUCUAUGAAGAAAGGGCGCUCUACUUGGAGGCCAUUGUCCAGAAUCACAGAGAGGUCAUGACAUUUGAAGACUUUGCCUCGCAGGUGUUCUCUCCCUCCCCAGGCUAUACAACGAGUGGGACAGGUUCCCUCUCCAGCAGCACAAACACCGAAGUCUCCGCCACUACUGCAUCAUCGACAGACCCUGUUGACCAGGUUUCUCCCAGCAUGCCCCGCGCCGCAAGGAACCGAGUUUCUGGAAAACUUCGCAGAUCGGCGAGUGCGAUAAGCAAAUCGUCCAAUUAAAUGUUCAAGUGCGGCAUUGUCAUUCUUGAAGAGCGGCGACUGCAAGAGCUUGGUAGCUUGUUUGUUUUUAAUCUCACGCAUAACUGGAGGGUAAUGCAAUGUUUAAUUUAAGUGUCAAUUUGUUUGGGCAUUCCCUCUAAGACCAACACGAGCCUUGCAUUCAGCCACUUUGACUGUGGUGUCUUUUGGAAAUAUGAGAAGUGUCUUUUUUCUUUUUUUUUUUUACUGUUGUCUCCUCUAAUGCAUUGGGGGAAGAGCACUUUCUUGGAAAUGGGACUCCUUUAUUGCAACUCUUAAUGUAACAGCACUGAUGACAUAGAUCAGCUUGUCUUUCAUUUAUAAACCAAUCCGCCUCGCUCUUUUCCUUUUUUGCAUUCGUGUCGAACGUGCCCCUUGUGCAAAGUGGGGCCCUCGGCACCAGCUGCCAACAAGUGAAGUAGCAGCACAUGCAGUUUUUAAAGACAGAGUGGGCAAUCGGUGACAUCUUUCUAACUUGAGUGGAACUGAAAAGUUUGCUGGGAUUCUUUUUCCUUUUUUUAACCACUCUAAAUUUCCUUUUUAAACGGAUUCAAAUAGAUUUUGUCAUGGUUUGAUUUAUGCAACUAUGCUGGAAUGAGAAAAGACUGCGUUUGUAAUUGCAUUGUGAUGUUGUUAACAUAGGCUCGUGUCCGGUAAUUGAAUAAGUCCCUCCUGUCUCUUUCCUCCUCGAUUAGUUUCCCUGUCCUCUGACAUCGACAUUCCAACAUUCCGGCCAUUGAUUUUUAUUGUUUUUAUUUUUUUCUGUGCACUCUUUCUUCUUCCCUAUAUGAAUUUAAUUUCCCCCUUGUGUUUCUUCAAUAUAAAUAGAGAGUCCUAUUUGAUGAAUUCUUGUUAAUGUUGUGUUGGUGUGUAUUGUAAAACUACUGCAAGAGCCUCAGGUGAAUCUUAGCACCAAGCACUGAUGAGUGUGUUUGUGUGUGUGCACAUUGUGUGUGAGACAUUUUCUCCCAGUGCCUGUGUAACGUCUUGUCCUCCGUGUGAGACAAAACACGGACGCCCUUUUGUCACGACUGUGUUUGCAUCCCCUGUGACCCCACAACAAAAACAACAGCAGAUGGAUUUCCAAUGGCGGGGUUCUCUUAAUUGUAGGUGCUGCGCUUUUCCCUUUUUGUCUUCACCUGUGAACGGAAUCAAGUGGCUCCGUCUCCUCCCCAUUCCCAUGAUCCCCUUUUCCCCCGUCUCGCCGCCAGGUUGAGUUUGACUCGGGAUGCCUGAGGUGAGCUCCCACAACUCUCCUAGCAACGGCCAAGCUGGCACUCUCGCCUCUCCCCAAGCUGCUCAUGUUGCCAUGGCAGCCAGGUGAUUCCCCCACAUACAUACAUAGGUGCCCUCUGAGGACUUCCGCCCGGACUGCAACCUUAUCCCCAUGUGGUCGCAUUAAAAUGCCUUACUUUUCCACUGCUCCUCCUCGCUCGUCUCACCUGUUGUGUUUGCUCAUGUGGGAUGCAAACAGCAGCUACACAAUGUUUGUGCGUCUUCUGUUUGGAAGAAUGUCUACACUGUAAAAAUGUUCAUUGUAAAUUCACAGCAAAUUACUGGCUAAUAAUUGCGUUACUUUCACAGUAGCAUUUACUGUGAAAUCACAGUUAAUUGCUGUGAAGAGAAGGGUAAUUUUUUUACAGGCAUGUGUUGUAAUGUCGCAGUAACUUGAUUACAGCAUUUUAUUGCGGAAUAAGGGUAUCGUCAUGUUUGCAGUCGUGUUGUAAUGUUAGGGUAACUUCUGAUUACAGUAUUUUACUGUGAAAUAAGGGCAUCGUAAUUUUUACAAUCAUGUGUUGUAAUGUUACAGUAACUUUUAAUUACGGCAUUUUUACUGUGAAAAUAACAGUUAAUUGCUGUGAAAUACAAGGUUAUUGUAAUUUUUACAGUCAUGUGUCGCAAUCUUCCAGUAACUUUUGAUUACAGUGUUUUACUGUGGGGAAAGAAAUACUGUAUAUCAUGGUACAUUUUUACAGUGUACAGUAGAUGUCGGUCACAUUAAGGGUUUUUACUCCACUUGAAUCUAAAGAUUGUAGCAAAGUGAUGAUGUCUGUGCACUAUAGUCAUUACAGGUGGACCAAGAUGAAAGCAAAUGUCUUUUGUGAUUAAAUUGAUUGGAGGUUAGUUCUCCUUUUUAGCCUUCCUUGUACAUCGCGUCAAAUUUGAACUUUAAUAUAAAUAUACGAACGCCUGUAAUAUUAUCUUUUUUAUACAUACAAGAGCGAGCAGGGAUUUCCAAGGGAAAAAAAGUGGAGGAUUUUAGCAUCAACAUAUCAAAUUGUUUUUAACGGCUUGCUACCUUUAUUAGAAAUGUAAACAUUGGAACAUUUCAUUAAAUGCAGUUUUAAAUUGUA